AUGGGGAUGGAAUCUGGGAGAAGGGGAUGGAAUCUAGGAGAAGGGGAUGGAAUCAGGGAGAAGGGGAUGGAAUCUGGGAGAAGGGGAUGGAAUUUAGGAGAAGGGGAUGGAAUCUGGGAGAAGGGGAUGCAGUCAAAGAGAAGGGGAUGGAAUCGGGGAGAAGGGGAUGGAAUCAAAGAGAAGGGGAUGGAAUUUGGGAGAAUGGGAUGGAUUUGGGAGAAGGAGAUGGAAUCUGGGAGAAGGGAAUGGAAUCUGGGAGAAGGGGAUGGAAUCUGGGAGAAGGGGAUGGAAUCUGGGAGAAGGGGAUGGAAUCUGGGAGAAGGGGAUGGAAUCUGGGAGAAGGGGAUGGAAUCUGGUAGAAGGGGAUGGAAUCUGGGAGAAGGGGAUGGAAUCUGGGAGAAGGGGAUGGAAUCUGGGAGUAGGGGAUGGAAUUUGGGACAAGGGGAUGGAAUUUGGGAGAAGGGUAUGGAAUCAGGGAGAAAGGAUGGAAUGGAGAAAGGAUGGAAUGUGAGAGAAGGGGAUGGAAUCUGGGAGAAGGGGAUGGAAUCUGGGAGAAGGGGAUGGAAUCUGGGAGAAGGGGAUGGAAUCUGGGACAAGGGGAUGGAAUUUGGGACAAGGGGAUGGAAUCUGGGAGAAGGGUAUGGAAUCAGGGAGAAGGGAUGGAAUGAGGGAGAAGGGGAGGGAAUCUGGGAGAAGGGGAUGGAAUCUGGGAGAAGGGGAUGGAAUAUGGGAGAAGGGGAUGGAAUUUGGGAGAAGGGGAUGGAAUCUGGGAGAAGGGGAUGGAAUUUGGGAGAAGGAGAUGGAAUCUGGGAGAAGGGAAUGGAAUCUGGGAGAAGGGGAUGGAAUCUGGGAGAAGGGGAUGGAAUCUGGGAGAAGGGGAUGGAAUCUGGGAGAAGGGGAUGGAAUCUGGGAGAAGGGGAUGGAAUCUGGGAGAAGGGGAUGGAAUCUGGGAGAAGGGGAUGGAAUCUGGGAGAAGGGGAUGGAAUCAGGGAGAAGGGGAUGGAAUCUGGGAGAAGGGGAUGGAAUCUGGGAGAAGGGGAUGGAAUCUGGGAGAAGGGGAUGGAAUCAGGGAGAAGGGGAUGGAAUCUAGGAGAAGGUGAUGGAAUCGGCGAGAAGGAAUGGAAUCUGGGAGAAGGGGAUGGAAUCUGGGAGAAGGGGAUGGAAUUUGGGAGAAGGGGAUUGAUUCUGGGAGAACGGGUGGAAUCUGGGAGAAGGGGAAGGAAUCCGAGAGAAGGGGAUGGAAUCUGGGAGAAGGGGAUGGAAUCUGGGAGAAGGGGAUGGAAUCUGGGAGAAGGGGAUGGAAUCAGGGAGAAGGGGAUGGAAUCUAGGAGAAGGGGAUGGAAUCUGGGAGAAGGGGAUGGAAUUUGGGAGAAGGGGAUUGAUUCUGGGAGAACGGGUGGAAUCUGGGAGAAGGGGAAGGAAUCCGAGAGAAGGGGAUGGAAUCUGGCAGAAGGGGAUGGAAUCUGGGAGAAGGGGAUGGAAUCUGGGAGAAGGGGAUGGAAUCUGGGAGAAGGGGAUGGAAUCAGGGAGAAGGGGAUGGAAUCUGGGAGACGGGGAUGGAAUGAGGGAGAAGGGGAUGGAAUCGGGGAGAAGGGGAUGGAAUCUAGGAGAAGGGGAUGGAAUUUAGGAGAAGGGGAUGGAAUCUGGGAGAAGGGGAUGCAAUCAGGGAGAAGGGGAUGGAAUAGGGGAGAAGGGGAUGGAAUCAAAGAGAAGGGGAUGGAAUUUGGGAGAAUGGGAUGGAAUUUGGGAGAAGGAGAUGGAAUCUGGGAGAAGGGGAUGGAAUCUGGGAGAAGGGGAUGGAAUAUGGGAGAAUGGGAUGGAAUCUGGGAGAAGGGGAUGGAAACUGGGAGAAGGGGAUGGAAUCUGGGAGAAGGGCAUGGAAUCAGGGAGAAGGGGAUGGAAUCUGGGAGAAGGGGAUGGAAUAUGGGAGAAGGGGAUGGAAUCUGGGAGAAGGGGAUGGAAUCUGGGAGAAGGGGAUGGAAUCUGGGAGAAGGGAUGGAAUCUGGGAGAAGGGGAUGGAAUCUGGGAGAAGGGGAUGGAAUCUGGGAGAAGGGGAUGGAAUCUGGGAGAAGGGGAUGGAAUCUGGGAGAAGGGGAUGGAAUCUUGGAGAAGGGGAUGGAAUUUGGGAGAAGGGGAUGGAAUCUGGGAGAAGGGGAUGGAAUCUGGGAGAAGGGGAUGGAAUCUGGGAGAAGGGGAAGGAAUCUGGGAGAAGGGGAUGGAAUCUGGGAGAAGGGGAUGGAAUCUGGGAGAAGGGGAUGGAAUCUGGGAGAAGGGGAUGGAAUAUGGGAGAAGGGGAUGGAAUCUGGGAGAAGAGGAUGGAAUCUGGGAGAAGGGGAUGGAAUCUGGGAGAAUGGGAAUGGAAUUAGGGAGAAGGGGAUGGAAUCUGGGAGAAAGGGAUGGAAUCAGGGAGAAGGGGAUGGAAUCUGGGAGAAGGGGAUGGAAUUUAGGAGAAGGGGAUGGAAUCUAGAGAAGGGGAUGCAGUCAGAGAGAAGGGGAUGGAAUCGGGGAGAAGGGGAUGGAAUCAAAGAGAAGGGGAUCGAAUUUGGGAGAAUGGGAUGUAUUUGGGAGAAGGAGAUGGAAUCUUGGAGAAGGGAAUGGAAUCUGGGAGAAGGGGAUGGAAUCUGGGAGAAGGGGAUGGAAUCUGGGAGAAGGGGAUGGAAUCUGGGAGAAGGGGAUGGAAUCUGA